AUGAUACGAUUUCUCUGUUUCUUUGUGCUGUUUACUGUCGUAUCAGCAAGAGGGAUCCUCGGUGCGUUAAUGCAGGGUGAUAUUGAACAUUUCAAUGGUACCAUUUCUCUGCCGAAUGCCAUGGAAGAAAACGAAGAAUCAUCAUCGUCUGAUUAUUCUCGUCAGCGUAGUUUUGCCGGUGUUACAAUCAAUACGAAUAUUUUCACGUUGUUUUAUUACAAGAACAGUCAAAUAUAUGUGUAUAACACAUUGGCCAAUGAAAAUAAAUAUCCCAACGAUCCGUCUCGAUGGAUAUUCUACUAUAUUCCAAUAAUGGCUCCAUUUCGAACUGUAUCGGACACAACCUGGGCAUGGUCAAUAGAGAACGAAGUUCGUGUCAACCUUAUGUUGGGUGAUAGAGAAGUAGAAGAGACGGCACGUGAAGCCAUUGCCAAAAAGUUCGACAUGAAAACAGGCGAAUAUGCUAAAUAUUGGGAUAUAGCACCGUUGAUGAUUGAAUCUUUGACUGCUUUCGUUGUAAAAGGCAGUAGUUCGCCGAUAGCAGGUGUACAACCUUAUCAUGCCGUUCAUCCGAAUUCGCUGAAUAUGAUUUUUCGAUUUCCCUGUUCAACAAGUACGAAUGCACGCGAUGUUGCGAGAUUGAUUGCCAAUGGGGAAUAUGAUAUUGAAAUCGCGUUCCAUUUUGAUGGCUUCAAACAAACGUCAACGUCACUGGUAUCAAUCACCGCUGAACAAUUGAAAAGUAUCACCAGUAAGACGACAGCUGAUGGCGGUAAUUCAGAUGCAAAAUAUAUCCAUCGUAGUCAAACUUCCAAGUUUGUCGGAACGUAUAUCACAAACGUGAAAAAGUUGAUAUACUCGGAAAGUUCAAGUGUCGACACACAAUCAUUAUCGAAAGGAUUGGAAGAUCAAUUUAUCUCAUUAUUACAACAAGGUAAAGCAAUUAAGAAACACCAAGCAUAUUACAAUUGUGAAGGUUUAAGAACUCAUACAGAAGAUUUGGAUAUAUUACUACAUGAAUAUACUCUACAGAUUGUGGUACUUACUGGAGUAGGAUCAAUGGUCAAAUCAUUGCCAAAUAUUCCCGAAUAUUACUGGCAUGGACAGAAAGGUACAAACAGCUUUGGUGGAGUAGCUAUUCUAAUACAUAACUCGAUAAAUUCUAAAGUAGUAGCUAAAAGAGACAAUUUUCUGGUGGUUGAACUCGAAUUAGGAACAAACGAGAUACUACUGGGAGCAGUAUAUGUUCCACCCGAAAAUAAACUACCACUAGAUUCAUUUGAAAUAUUCAAAGAUAGAAAAUUCUUUUUAUUUGGUGAUUUUAAUGCUAAACAUACUUCCUGGGAUUGUAAAAAAAAUAAUGGUUGCGGAAUAAUAUUAAAAGAAUGGAUAGAGAAAAAUGGAUAUGAAGGUAUCUUUCCAUCUGUACCUACAUCAAAAAGGUCUGAUGCAAUAAUAGAUUUCGGUAUAGGUUACUCGUCAAUAGGAUGGAGUCAUGAACAAGAGAAGUCAACAACAUGCGGCGUAAAUAUCGAAGAUCAUUAUGUUUAG